CCUCGCGCUGGUGCUGAAACAAGAUGGCUGUGCGCGCGAGAGGAGCGGAGGAGAGCUGAGGGAUGCAGAGACAGCGAGAGAGACCGCAAAGUGAGGGGAGCCUUUCAACAGCAAAAUAAAUAGCCAUAUUCGUGAAGAACGCACGGAUUCCCUUGUAAUUAUGUCUUCGAAUAGAUUUUAUGUCCACUAUGGCAAUAUUUAGCUUAUGUUUAGACGUACAUCUGUAGCCUACACCGGGAGGUAACUGAGGAGUAGCCAAGCGAAGCAGUGAAGACCCAGCCGGCCGGUAGAGGACAGCCGGGGACGCUCAGCGCUGCUGUCAGAGAUGUCCCUGCUCUGUGUCGGAGUGAAGAAAGCCAAGCUGGAUGGAGCCCAAGAGAAGUUCAACACGUAUGUGACCCUGAAGGUGCAAAAUGUGAAGAGCACGACCAUCGCUGUCCGGGGAAGCCUGCCCAGCUGGGAGCAGGACUUCAUGUUUGAGAUUAACAGGCUGGACCUGGGGCUGACGGUGGAGAUGUGGAAUAAAGGCUUAAUAUGGGACACCAUGGUUGGCACGGUGUGGAUCCCCCUGCACAGCAUCCGCCAAUCAAACGAGGAGGGUCCGGGGGACUGGCUGACCCUGGACUCCCAGGUUAUCAUGGCGGACAACGAUAUCUGUGGAACCAAAGACCCCACUUUACACCAGGUGCUGCUGGACACACGCUUUGAACUGCCUCUCGAUAUCCCUGAAGAAGAGGCACGCUAUUGGGCCAAAAAACUGGAGCAACUCAAUGCCAUGAGAGACCAGGAUAUAACUAACCAGGACUCGUACCAGGAAGACCCGGAGCGACCACUUCCUGUCCCAGGGACACAGUGCUGUAACUGGAGUCUGUGGGGAGAACAACAAAAUGAGGACCCAGACAGUGCUGUGGAUGACCGAGACAGUGACUACCGCAGUGAGACCAGUAACAGCAUCCCUCCCCCCUACUAUACCACGUCUCAGCCCAACGCCUCCGUCCACCAGUACCCCAUCAGAGACCAGCAGCACCGCCAGGGGACCCGCCCCUCCUCCUACCCCCCUUCCAACAGCUGUGGCCCCCUCGACUACCACCAGAGGGCCAUCAGCCCUACGGGGAGCUAUGCGUCGUCGGCAGAGUUGAGUCGCUGCAGCAGCCAGCUGAGUGAGGAGGAGUACGGCCCAGAGUACAGAGAGAGGGAUCCUUACGAUGAGAACGACUCUUACCACUCCUGUCACUCCUCUGUCACCUACAGCAAGGGCUCUCCCGACUGGGACCCUGACGAGACCCAGGGGGGGUACAGCGAUGAGGGGGGCUACAGUAAGGACGGGGGUGAGGAGGGGGCCCUCUAUGAGGAGGAUGACGGGGGCCUGUAUGAGGAAGAGGGGACAUAUGAAGGAGAGGAGGGCGAGAUUUAUGACGAUGAGGAUUACCCUCUGGACGGCACCCUCAGUGAGGAUAUGGAGGUCCCCUACACCCCUACCCCCACCAGCACGGCACCCCCCACACUCGACGUCCCCGGUGCUUCUAGACCCCCCCUGGAAAAACAGCCUUCUCUGCAUCAACAUCAGGCGCCACCCGUCCAGCCGCCCAGCCAAGCCCCAAAUCAAGCCCACCCUCCGACCAUGGCUCCAGGAGGACAGCCCCUGGGUCAGCCACCCACCCAGGCCCCUCAACCACAAUCUCAGCCACAGCCAGUCCCCGGCCCAGCACCAGCCCAGUCCUUCUUCUCCAUGGCAAAGCCCUUCUCAGCAGCAGUAACAGGCCUGGCCUCAUCUUUUCUGUCUUCUGGACUCCCCACUGCCCAACCUGCCCAGCCUCACCCCCCAGGCCCACAACCCCAGGCUCACCCCCCAGGCUCACAACCCCAGCCCCAGUCUGCCUCCUCCAUUCCCCCGUCUCACCCUGCCACCGGGGCCCCUUCCCCUCAGGGCACGCAGUCCACAACCACUGGCCCUCCCUCCCAGCCGACCCCCUCCACUGCCCCCCCCUCUCAGGCCCAGCCCCCUGCCCAAACAACUCCCCAAUCAGAGGGCCCCAAUUCCAAACCCCCCCUGCCGGAGGACCAACACCUUCUAGAGGAAAACGAACCCCUUCCACCCGAGGUUAGGAUCCCCACCCCCAUAGAGGAGGAACCCUCCAUGGAAGACGAGGAGCUGAGGUUUGACGAGAGCCGCCCCCCCACCCCCAUAGAGGAGGUUGAGCCCAUCCCUGAGAGUGGUCCUGUAGAUGAGGAGCCCAAGGAGCCGGUGGACCCGUCGCUGCGGGCUAGAGAGAACUGGCUACGAAUCAUCAACAGGGUCCAACAGCAGCUUCGGGAGGCACGAGGAGAGACAUCCAAUUCUUUGUGGUUUGGUAAAGGAGGGGUGGGAGAGGUUUUGUACAGCAUCGACAGCAUGCCUGAUCUGCGCAAGAAGAAAGGCCCCUGCCUGGUCAAAGACCUGUUACAGGCCAUGUCUAUGGCCUCUCAGAACGCUCGGAAGGCUGGGAUCACCACAGCGAUGGCAUGCAGCACCCUCGGCAAUGAGGACCUGAAAAGUCACGUUUAUAAGAAGACCCUACAGGCUCUGAUCUACCCCAUCUCCUGCACCACGCCCCAUAACUUUGAGGUGUGGACGGCCACCACUCCCACCUACUGCUAUGAGUGUGAGGGGCUGCUGUGGGGCAUCGCCCGCCAGGGCAUGAGGUGCUCCGAGUGUGGGGUCAAAUGUCACGACAAGUGUCAGGACCUGCUAAAUGCCGACUGCCUGCAGAGGGCAGCGGAGAAGAGUUCUAAGCACGGGGCAGAGGACAGAACCCAGAACAUCAUCAUGGUUCUAAAGGACAGAAUGAAGAUCAGAGAGAGGAACAAACCGGAAAUCUUCGAGCUCAUCCAGGAAGUGUUUACCGUCGUCAAGGCGACGCACGCCACGCAGAUGAAGCAGAUCAAACAGAGCGUGCUCGAUGGGACGUCCAAGUGGUCGGCCAUGAUCAGCAUGACUGUGCAGUGUGCUCAGGGCCUCCAGGCCAAGGACAAGACUGGUUCCAGUGACCCCUAUGUCACAGUUCAGGUGGGCAAGACCAAGAAGAGGACCAAGACUAUCUACGGCAACCUCAACCCUGUCUGGGAGGAGAACUUCCACUUUGAAUGCCACAACUCGUCGGACCGUAUUAAGGUACGCGUGUGGGAUGAGGACGAUGACAUCAAGUCCAGGGUGAAGCAGAAGUUCAAACGGGAGUCAGAUGACUUCCUGGGUCAGACCAUCAUCGAGGUCCGCACGCUCAGCGGAGAGAUGGACGUCUGGUACAACCUGGACAAGAGAACAGACAAGUCAGCUGUGUCUGGAGCCAUCCGGAUGCACAUCAGUGUAGAGAUCAAAGGAGAGGAGACUGUGGCUCCCUACCAUGUCCAGUACACCUGUCUACAUGAGCACCUGUUCCAGUACACUACAGAGGUGCAGAACAGUGGUGUGGUGAAGAUCCCUGAUGCUAAAGGAGACGACGCGUGGAAGGUGUACUUCGAGGAGACUCCCCAGGAGAUCGUGGAUGAGUUCGCCAUGCGUUACGGAGUGGAGUCCAUCUACCAGGCUAUGACCCACUUUGCCUGCCUGUCGUCUAAGUACAUGUGCCCGGGCGUGCCCGCGGUGAUGAGUACCCUGCUGGCCAACAUCAAUGCUUACUACGCCCACACCACCCAGUCCACCAAUAACGUCUCGGCAUCAGACCGCUUCGCCGCAUCCAACUUUGGAAAGGACAGGUUUGUGAAACUCCUAGAUCAGCUCCACAACUCCCUGAGGAUUGACCUAUCCAUGUACCGGAAUAACUUCCCAGCCAGUAGCCCUGAGAGGCUGCAGGACCUCAAAUCUACUGUAGACCUACUGACCAGCAUCACCUUCUUCAGGAUGAAGGUCCAGGAGCUGCAGAGCCCCCCCAGGGCCAGUCAGGUGGUGAAGGACUGUGUUAAAGCCUGUCUCAACUCCACCUACGAAUACAUCUUCAACAACUGUCAUGAACUCUACAGCAGAGAGUACCAGACAGACCCUGCUAAGGCUGACGUUCCAGAAGAGCAGGGUCCCAGUAUCAAGAACUUGGACUUCUGGUCAAAACUCAUCACCCUCAUCGUCUCCAUCAUAGAGGAAGACAAGAACUCCUAUACACCCUGUCUCAACCAGUUUCCUCAGGAACUGAAUGUGGGCGUGAUCAGUGCAGAGGUCAUGUGGAACAUGUUUGCUCAAGAUAUGAGAUAUGCCAUGGAGGAGCAUGAGAAGAACCGGCUGUGUAAGAGUGCUGAUUACAUGAACCUGCACUUCAAGGUGAAGUGGCUCUACAACGAAUACUGCAAAGAGCUGCCCACCUUCCAGAAACGUGUACCGGAGUACCCAGCGUGGUUCGAGCCGUUUGUCAUCCAGUGGUUGGACGAGAACGAGGAAGUGUCCAGAGACUUCCUGCACGGUGCCCUAGUGAGGGACACAAAGGACGGGUUCCAGGUGACGUCAGAGCAUGCUCUGUUCUCCUGUUCGGUGGUGGAUGUGUUCUCUCAGCUCAACCAGAGCUUUGAGAUCAUACGCAAGUUAGAGUGUCCUGACCCCCAGAUCGUAGGCAACUACAUGAAGAGAUUCGCCAAGACCAUCGGGAACGUUCUGCUGUCCUAUGCUGAGAUCAUUUCCAAAGAGUUCCCUAAACAAUGUGGGAACAAAGAGAAAGAGAAAGUGCCCUGCAUCAUCAUGAAUAACAUCCAACAGCUUAGAGUGCAGCUGGAGAAGAUGUUUGAGGCCAUGGGAGGCAAAAAUCUGAACGUGGAGGCCAGUGACUUCCUGAAGGACCUGCAAUUAAAGCUCAACAACGUCAUGGACGACCUUAGUAGGAUCUUUGCCGUCAGUUUUCAGCCCCAGAUUGAGGAAAAUGUAAAGCAGAUGGGAGACAUCUUGGGCCAGGUGAAGGGACAGACUGUUACAGACAACAACAGCGUGGCCGGGGAUGCAGACAACGUCCUGCAGCCCAUCAUGGACUUCCUCGACACCAAUCUGUCGCUGUUUGCUAAGAUCUGUGAGAAGACUGUGCUGAAGAGAGUGCUGAAGGAACUGUGGAAACUGGUCAUUAACACUAUGGAGAAAAGCAUUGUGCUUCCCCCGUUCACAGACCAGUCGGUUAUAGGCACUCAGAUGAUCUUUAAUGCAGCUAAGGAGUUGGGUCAGCUUUCUAAGCUCAAGGAGCACAUUGUGAGAGAGGAGGCCAAGGCUCUCUCCCCUAAACAGUGUGCCAUCAUAGAGCUGGCAUUGGACACCAUUAAGCAAUACUUCCAUGCGGGUGGUGUGGGUCUGAAGAAGACAUUCCUGGAGAAGAGUCCUGACCUGAAGUCUCUGCACUACGCCCUGUCCCUCUACACACAACACACUGACAAGCUCAUCAGGAAGUUUGUCCUUUCACAAAACGCUCAGGUCCAUGGAGGGAAGGGGGUCAGGUAUACCCUCAACGAAGACACAUUGCCAGAAAAGGGGUCGGGAGUGGAGGAGCCAAUCGGAGAGGUGGUAAUGCACGUGGAGAUCUACACCCAUCCCAACACUGGAGAACACAAGAUCACUGUGAGAGUGAUUGCUGCUAAUGACAUUAAGUGGCAGACCCAGGGGAUAUUUCGUCCCUUCGUGGAGGUCUACAUCAUUGGUCCCCACCUCACUGACAAAAAGAGGAAGCACGCCACCAAGUCCAAGAAUAACAGCUGGUCGCCCAAGUUCAACGAGACCUUCCAGUAUUCCUUGGGCAGUGAGUUGGGUCCAGAGGGCUAUGAGCUGCAGGUGUGUGUGAAGGACUACUGCUUCGCCAGGGAGGACCGUACAGUGGGCAUGGCCCUGAUGCAGUUGAAGGACAUGGCCUCCCGGGGCAGCAUGACAUGCUGGCUCCCCCUGGGGAAGAGGGUCCACAUGGACGAGACGGGCCUGACGGUACUGAGGAUCCUGUCCCAACGCAACAACGACGACGUGGCCAAAGAGUUUGUCAAGCUCAAGUCAGACCAGCGCUCUGCCGAGGAGGGACGGGCGAGCUGAGAGGGAGAGUAGAGAUGGGCCUAGUGAUCAAGAUACUGAUUUAGAUAUACACACAUACACACACACACACACACACACACACACACACACACACACACACACACACACACACACACACACACACACACACACACACACACACACACAGUUACUAAUACAAUACUGGCAUGUUUAUGUCAUAUAAACACAGUCAUGAACACACUAAUCAUCUCUAAUCACAUAAUGAUUAUCAAAUGUACACAAACACAGAGGUGACCAACAGUUCCUUUGAGCACCUGUCAAUGAACCAAUCAAUUUAUCAAUCCAUUUCUACUGCUCUGGCUCUCAUUAUCUCUCUUUCACUCUUGCAUAUUACACAUUUUAUAUAUAUAUUUAAUGCAGAAAUGUGAGAAAUAAAUAUCACCUGAUGAGUUAUGGUGGA